AUGAAACCUGAAGAACGAGAAACGUUACUCGAUAUUGGGGCAGGACCGACUGUGUAUAGUGCUUUGUGUUUUCGCGACACGGUGACAAGAGUCUAUCUGUCGGACUACAUGACGAAAAAUCUUGAAGUGCUAAAGAAAUGGUGUGAGAAUACUACAACUCAUGACUGGAAACCGACAAUCAAGGUCAUUAAACGAACAGAAGGCGGUUUUCCAUUCACUAUGGAAGAAAUGGAGAAAAUUGAAACUAAAGCUCGAAUGGCGGUGAAGUGUGGAGGAAUAAUGUAUGCUAAUGUGCAUGAAGAUCCGGUCGUACCGGAUCUUCAAGGCCAAAAAAUGGAUAUCGUCGUGACAAUUUUCACACUCGAAAGUGCUUGUGAGACCUAUGCACAAUACUGCCAAUGUGUGAAGAAUAUUAUGAAACACUUGAGAUCUGGUGGUCGGUUCUUGCUCGGCUCAGUAUUAGAAGAUGACGCCUACAAUUCAGGAAAUCAUGUGAGUCUUCAUUCUGCUUAA